AUGCAACCAUUAGCUAAAUAACCUCAGAAGGAGGAUGAGCACUGUUAAGUGGAAGAUCACAUCCUAAGGAAAUUUGAACUGCUUGAAUUUAAAGGAAAAGGAGCUUACGGAGUAGUUUGGAAGGCAGUUGACCGUAAAACAAAAUAGAUUGUUGCAUUGAAGAAAGUAUAUUUAACUGUAAAGUCGUAGAUUUUCGACGCAUUUCAUAAUGCCACUGACUCACAAAGGACAUUUCGUGAAGUAAUUUUCCUAGAGUAGUUGGUAAACCACGAAAACAUCAUCAAAUUAACAAGUGUCAUAAAAGCAGAAAAUAACAAAGAUCUGUAUAUGGUGUUUGACUUUAUGGAAACAGAUCUUCAUAAAGUAUUUACAUUUAAUAAUAACUUUAAGGUGAUAAGAGCGAACAUCUUGGAACCCGUACAUAAAAAAUAUAUAAUAUACCAAAUACUCAAAGGUCUCAAAUAUCUUCACACUGGUGAACUGAUCCACAGAGACUUAAAGCCUUCCAACUUGCUAAUCAAUUCAGAAUGCAAGGUCAAAGUAGCUGACUUUGGCUUGGCAAGGAGUGUGGCUAUGCCAGACGAUAAUAGUAAGUGUUUUUAUGUUAACAAUACUUAGGCAAUCCAAUUCUUACUGAAUACGUAGCUACAAGAUGGUACAGAGCUCCAGAAAUAUUGUUGGGUUCUUAGCAUUAUUCCAAGGCAGUUGAUAUGUGGAGUCUGGGUUGUAUUUUGGGGGAGAUGAUAAUAGGGAAGGCUAUCUUUCCUGGAACUUCAACUUUAAAUUAAAUCGAGAGAAUUAUUGAGUUGAUUGGAAGACCCAAGCAGGAUGAAUUGGAUGCUAUUUAAGCUCCACUGGCUGAUUAAGUAAUUUCGAAUAUCUCUACCCAAAAGAAGAAAAGCAUAACAUAAUUAUUCGCAUCAGGCAAAGAAGAUGCCAUUGAUUUCAUCAGGUAAUAAGGAGUAUUAUAUAAUUAGGUAAACUCUCAUUUACAAUCCGUACAAAAGAAUGACAGUGGAAUAAGCUUUAAAUCACCCUUAUGUCAGUGAAUUCAAAGGAACUGAAGAUGAAAUUUCAAGAGGUACGCAUAUUGAUAUUCUUAGAUAGUCCUAUUGAAACAUUAAUGGAUGACAAUCAUAAAUAUUAAGUUAAUUAAUAUAGAGAUGCCCUUUACUCUCAUAUCACACAAAAGAGGAAGUUGGAAAAUAAAAUUUUGAUUCGUGAUCUGAAAAAUGUUCCAGUUAACUUAAGUUCUGAUAACUCUAAAUCACCCAGCAAGAAGGAUCCCUUUCCCAAAAGAAGCAAAGAUUCAGAACCCUCUAAUACUGAUAUUAGUGAUAACAAACCUUAUGAAUCCCAACAUGUCAAUCGAACCAUUCAUAAACCUCAACGCAAAAAUACUACAUCCCAAGAACAUACCUACAAUAAUAAUAAUAAUAAUAAUAAUAAUAAUAAUAAUAAUAAUAAUAAUAAUAAUAAUAAUCAUAAUAAUGAACAUACCAAUCAAUUCAUCUAUCAAAGUCCAAGUAUGAUCAUGUAGAAAAAACAAUCGUAAUCCAUUUUUCCUAAUGUUGAUAGUGGCAGUCCCAUAAAAAUAAUCCCAAGAAAAUAAUCAAUGUAAAACAUUUAAAAUAGUGUCUCGACAGUUUUAUAAAAUACAUUAUCCUAAAACCUAUAAAGUCAUAGUGCUUUGCAGGUCUCUCAACAUUAACUCCCAAGAAAAGGCUCCUAAGGUAGCAUAUAGAAAUCGGCCUCAUACAAAAUGUCGGCAACUAAUUAUAACUCAACUAAUUAUAGCUCAGCAUUUUAACAAUUAAGUAAAAUCAGAAAGUGAUAAUUUACACAUAGAC